GCCAUUUCUAUGUAAAUAUUUUGUGUGAUAGGUAUAGAUUGGUUCUCCCUAUUCAUUAUUUGCGUUUUGUGUUUCUGUGGACUAGAGAAGAAAUGGGUAAAACCAAGUAUAAAACGUGUUUGGUGCCAAUGUGUAUAAACUCUGCGAUAAAAAUGCCGUCUAAAAUUUUUAUAAGAUUACCAAACUCUGCAAAUCAAACUCGUCGAGAAAAAUGGAGUACAGCAUGCAGGAGAAAUACAGAGGAUAUUUCUGAGAAAAGUGGAGGAGUUUACGUAUGCGAAGACCAUUUUAAUUUAAAAGAAGAUAUGGAAAACUAUAUUCAAUUUAAGCUUAUGGGUGGUAAUACAAAAAUUAAAAUGAAACCUGGUGUUGUACCACAUAUUUUUAAUUCUAAGCCAGACAGAAAAAGAGCUUGUGUUCAGCCUUCUAGGCCUACAUCUGUAAAUAGGGCCAAACCAAUGACAUCAAAACACAGAUGUCAUUGUGCCAAACGGAGAAUUGUAGAUGAAGCAUUGGCAUCAAUAGCAUCUACUACCACAUCAUCAUCAGUAGAAAACUUAGAGAAUAUAAAACCUGUGCAAGUAUUUAAUGAAAAAGAAAAUCAAGAGCUGGAGAAGAAAAAACAAAACAGAAGUAACCAAGCAAAUAAAAAACAAGUAGACGUCACCUUUUUGAAAAAAUAG